AUGGCAUGUAAAUCCUCACUGAUGUCCUAUGACAGUCUGCAGAAUAAGUUACUUGCUCAGAUGUAUGGACAGUAUAUAGUACUGUCAGAUAUUAUAGAAUCCUGGCGUCAGUGGCUGUUGGUGAUUGCUUUGGCUGUGGCCCAAGUUGCUAUCUCACUAGCCUUACCUGUUCCUGGGUGCCCGCGGGGCUACUUGGGACCUGGUGGAUGGCACAUGCAUGGACAAUAUGCCAACUGCUCAGGCGGAGCUGCCAGUUACAUUGAUCGCCUGAUUCUCACUCCGCGGCACAUGCACAAACUCACUAAUUACAAAUACAUUUAUCACAGUAGUCAAGUACAUGACAUUUAUGGUAUACUUGGAACCUUAACAUCCGUUCUGACAGUGUACCUAGGAGUUCAUGCUGGUAGAAUCCUUCAAUGCUAUAACUGCACCUUUAUGAGAAUCUCCCGCUGGUUGUCAUGGGGAGUGGUUACUGGCAUAUUAGCUGGAAUCCUCUGUCAUUUCUCGAAAGAAGAUGGAAUCAUCCCAGUCAAUAAGAGUCUCUGGUCCAUAUCAUUUGUGCUGGCAACUGCAAGCAUGGCUUUCCUUUUGCUUAGCUUAUUGUACUUUGUGGCAGACUAUCAUGACUGGUGGAGUGGAGCUCCAUUCCUAUAUGCAGGAUCGAUCUCAUUAAGCUUACAGAGCAAGAAAUGGCUUAAUCAGAAGCCAUUUGAGUAA